UGAUAAUCAACUGCAUUAAGAAUAAGGAACGAACUUCUGACUUGCUGCAAACAAAUUGUAGUAAACCAAAUCAAUCGCUAACAGCAACGUAGACUUUUAUAUUCUGUAAAACAUGUUGAUGAAGUGUGGCUAACCAACUGCUCCUCAGGAAGAGCUCAUUUUCCGGACCCCCUUUCUCCACCCAACAUCGGAAAAGGACUCCCAGCAAUGCGAAAUCCAGUCUUGAAGAAGAUCAUAAUAUGGCUGACUUAUCUAGUGGAGGCACUUCUAGCUCAACAUCAAUUCCCUUCGGAGGAAAAAUCGGAGUUCCAACGAUUGGCUGAGGGUUCGAAUUAUGUUGACAAGACUCUACUCAUUGAGGAAGCACUAGAGCAUCCCAGGGAUGCAAGACUCAUCAUGGCUCCUUCAGGCUUUGGAAAAUCCCUGCACUUAUCCAUGUUACGAGAUUUCUUCCAGAUUCCGAUGAAUGAAAACGGGACCGAACAACCGAAAGAACAGACACGCUCUUUCAAAAUUUUCCGUAGUAAAAAAAUCGGAAGCUCAAAGUUUUUUGGUGAAUUUGGGACAAGAGGUGUGGUUUUCUUUGACCUUAACAUACUAAGUGAUUUCAAUAAUCUUACUGAGUACCUAGUCAAGUUCCGCAGAGUUAUACAGAAGGCUUUUGAACAACACAUGUAUCUGAUUCGCGAUCCAAGAACAGAGCUUGACGCGUAUCUGAACCGACACAUUUUCGAACGCUGUGGAAUACUGGACCCUACACUGCCCGUUAACUGCUCAACCCUUGAGAGCUGCGGAUCAGAUUUACCGCAAAUGGUAAAGAGUCAUGUCGAUAAAGGGGUUCUGCUUUUAAUCGAUGCUUUUUCCACCCCUUUUGAACGGAUCCUUGAUAACCGAAAUAAGGGUGUGUGGCCAGUUGCUUACACACGGAAGCACCCCAUUGGACAAGAUGAUGAUUUAGACCGCAUUAUCGGUUCCCUCCAACUAUUUCUCUCCUCAGUGGUUAAAGGUAACCAUGGAGUAUGGCGAAGUUACCUGACUGCAAUAACUGGUUUUGAAGUACCUUACAAUGAGUCCAUUAUUAACGUUGAAUUUGCAUCAAUUUUUACGUCAAGAAAGCUAGCCACUGGAUAUGGCUUUACUCAAGGGGACCUCGAACAAUUUAUCAGUACUUCUGGGAUGAGCGCUGAACAAAAGACCAAUUUACAGGAUUACUUAGAGGGGUAUUCUAUAUUUCAGAAAAAUGAGUCUGAGAUUGUUGGACCUAUUUAUUGUCCAGGUCUUGUUACAAAGUAUUUAGCCGAGGAGAGAGGAAAACCUUUAGGUACACCUGUUAUUGCUGUCAACUAUUCUUCAUUGCGAUCACUGGCUCCGUUUAAAAACUUGUUUUCCCCUAAGCUUUUCGGAAAUCAAAUUAUCAAAAGUUUGAAACCAGAUUUCGAAAUAGAAAUCAAGAACAACUCAAGGAUUCAAUUUGAAAAUUGGUUGCGUCUUCGAGAGGCAGAACAGACAGGGGCUAUAAAACAUUUCAAGAAGAAUCAGAAUAUCUUUUUACUCUACCUUUUAGAGCAUGGCUAUUUCAGAGGCCAGUACAUUGGUAAAAAGCUGUCGAUUAAAAUCUCAAACAAGAUCGCAAGACUAUCUUUGCGCGAUGCAAUCACCAAAAUUGAAUAUUAUCAGGAAUAUUUAGGAUGUUCCGAUACUGCAAUUCAAGAAUUUAGAGACAGUAUUGACUCUAUUGAUGGUAAGCAAAAGACCCUAAAUAAUAUGAUAGAAUCGAUAGAGAAAACUUUUUGGCGAGGUUUCGUAGUAAAACCCCCCAAGCCGGAACUUGAAAUUUCCGCUCCGAUUUAUACUUUUUUAGUAAGAUCAAGUGGCAAUGAGCGGAUAGAAGAAUAUAAUGAUAUUUUCUUACCUAGACCAAAAAUUGGUAACAAAGAAGCAAAAACAAUUCAGUCUUCAAGCGAAGCGACUGGAUUUGAUGUUGUUCUUGUGAAACGAAAAAAUGACUUUGGAAUCUUGCUUGGAACUGAAUUUGAUAAAAGACCUAGUACAUAUUAUGCUAGUGAAGAUAUUUUGUCAGCUCCACAAAUUUUACAACAAAUGAUAGAUAUGCAAUACCACACAUAUUUUGCAAAAAAGAUGUUGAAGAACAGGGCACUUAUUAGUAUUCAUAUAAAUCUAACGCAUGUUUCAUGUUGCGCACUAUACAAUAGUUACGAUGUCAAUAAUAAAUUAUGCGUGGAAAAGAUGGUUAGUUAGCUCA